AUGGCCGAGGGCUCCGCGCCGGAAGCCUUGCUCGCAGGCGUUCGAUUCGUGAUUCUCGAAAAACAAAAGGUUUGUUUUUUUCAGUUGUAAGGAUUAGAGAUGAUAAGAAUUCUGAAUUGAUUCGAACGCAUCAUUUUCAAGAACGAAGUGAAGUACCAGCCGGUUCCUGUACUUCUGAAAGUCGACCCAUACGCUAAUAUCAUUUACUGGCGUUAUGAAGAUGUGAAAAUUUUCAAGAAACACGAGGUGGCUUUCCUCACCGCGAUAGAAUCAGUCAUAAAUCUAAUUUCAGCUUGAUGGCGUGAAAAAUUAUAUCUUUCUGCAAGAUGUUAAGGACGUUCGUGUUGGGAGCAACGGAAGUGCGAAAAUGGUUUAGAGAUCGAAGAAGUUUUUUUUUAAUAAAACGAAUUUCAGAAAGAAGUGCAGCAAAGAUACUCCACCAAUUUGCUGACAAUAGUCAGCGGACCUGACAUGAUCCACUUGAAGUACACAUCUUUUGUCUAUCCGCGAUUAGAUUCGGUUCGUUUUUAUAGGAAAAUGGUUAUUUUGAAAUUUUCCAACGACUAAGGCUGCUGAUUUAUGCAUUAAACUGACUAUAAAUGAUUUUUGAAGAGCGGUCUGACGGUCAUUGCACAACAAAUCUUCGACUUGGCAAUGAAAGUCCGGCGCGAAGAACAUGGUUUACUGUACCACGUUCGGAAAAUUCUGUCGCCCAAACUUUACGCGGCGCUGGUGCCACGUUGCAGCGAAGAAGAGUUCUUGUAAAACAUAAAUAACGAAACAAAAACGUUUUCUUCAGAAUUAAAAGUGUUUUUGAUGAACGCGGAUCGGGACAAUUGACGAGGACCGCCAUUUCAGACCUAAAAAAGCUUCUCAAUGCGGUUUUUUUUUCUUUUUGCUUUCCAACUGGAAAAUAAAAUUUUUUCAGAAUGUAAUGAAGAAGGAGUUGACCGAACAAAUAUUGGUUCAAAUCGUGUCGAUCAUGACAAAGUCUAAAAACUCGAUGCACGACGCUGAAUUUGAAAAACUGUAAGUUAAACGGUUAUAAGGAAGAAGUAUGGAAAAAAAGUAAGAAUUUUUGAGAAAAUACAUUUUCUUCGAAUAAAAUCCUUGAGGAUACAAACAAUCUUUUAAUUGGAAAAUAAUUGAUUCGAGCUUGCUUUCAUCGGCUAUGAAGUAUUUCUCUUCAAUUCUGGACAACUGAAAAGCAAUAAUCUCUAAUUAUCAUCUUUUGAAAGGACUUUUCGAUUCAGAAGCGAUGGCGAGCCAACGGUUAGCCGCGACGUCUUCGGCGACUUCCUGCGAAGAUGUCAGCACGAUCAUCGCCUAAACGACGCCCGUUUCCCGCCUAUCAGUAACAAACAGAUCGACGUCCUUUUCUUCCAACAUGGGCUACAACAAAUGUAGGUUUCCCCUCAUACUUCCGAGACUUCUCUCUGCAGACUUGCCGAUAUCAUUGCCGAUGUUCGCUCAUUUCUUCUGGAGCGACGAAGGCGCAGUCGUGACGACUUCUCGGAUGAAAAUCGACGUUUCUGAUAUGCGAGAACCCAUCACCGACUACUUCAUCUACUCUUCUCAUAACACGUAUUGCACAGGUGAAUAAUCCUUGAAAAGACUUGAUAAUUGAGCUCUGGACAGGAAACCAGAUGCAGCUGGCGAAAGGGCCCGCCCGAUCUGAGGUCGAGAUCUAUCGCCAGGUACUGCUGGACGGAUGUCGCUGCGUCGAGCUGGACUGUUGGGACGGCAGAAACGGAGAUCCGAUCAUAACCCACGGACCUCAGGUCAUCAUGCGUCUCAACGAGAUUCCUCUCAAGGUCCGACAAUAGAAAAUGAGUUUUCACGUAUUUCGUAUAGGAAGUUUGUGAAGCGAUCCGUGAUUGCGCCUUCAAAACGUCUCCAUAUCCGGUGACUCUGUCGAUUGAGAAUCAUUUGAGCAGGAAACAACAGAAAAAGAUGGUCGCUACGUUCAGGCUCGUUCCUUCAUCAUUUUUUCAAAAAGUUAUCUUCUUCCUAGACUAGUUUUUACAUGAUUCAUUCAUCCUUUUUUUAUAACUUUUAGAUCAAAAAGGCCUUUUUUGGCUCAAGUUAUUAUUUGAAUGAGGUAUUUCUAUAAAAAACAAAACAUAAUUUCUGAAUAAUUGCUUUCAGAGAAGUUUUCGGCGAAAUGCUACUCGCUGAGGCUUUGGACAAAUUUCCAAUGAUUGAGCAAGAUGAUGAAGGUUUUUUCUCUCAAAAAUAAUUUCAUCCAUAUUUUUCAGAUGUACUCUAUCCAUCUCCCGAGGAUCUCAAAAUGAAAAUUCUUAUAAAGGCGAAAAAGAAGGAUCUCAAAGAAAAUCGAAAAAGUUUGGUCGAUGCCGGUGAAAGUGCUCCCGAAGCAGUUCAAAUGCAGGACGAAAAUGAAGGAGAAUCUGAAGAAGUCGAGGUUUCUGAGUGAAAAGGGCACCGAAUUAGUCCGAAACAGGUCCUGAAAGAGCUGAGCGAGGAACAGCUGGCGGCGUUGUCGCCUCCGCCCGAGGAGACGUCGACGACCGCCUUGGCCGACAUCGUCAACUACAUGCAGGCCGAGAAGAUCAACUUCCAUCGUGAGUUCUACUCCUUCCACCUUCUCUCAACCAGUUGCUUUCAGCAGCAAAAAGACAUCUUGUUUGUUCCGUCGAUGAGAACUUUGCGACUUGGGUUCUGCACGACCACCAAAUACAGAGCCUUUUGGUCUUUUCGCACAACAAAAUCCUGCGUGUCUAUCCGAGAAACACGAGAAUCGACUCGAGCAAUUACAACCCUAUGGUAAAACAGAAGAAGAAAAAAAUUCCAAGAAGAAAGUUCAGUUCCACUGGCUGAUUGGAGCGCAAAUGGUGGCGUUGAAUAUCCAAACGAGUUGUCCGCAAACUCUGUUGAACAGUGCUAUGUUCGAGAGAAACGGCGCCUGUGGGUAGGUUUUUCAGGAACUUCGGAAGAUCAAAUUCUGUUCAUUCGUCUUUUAUUUUUCGAAAUAGUUUCUACAAAAAAAUGAUAGUAUUUUAGAUACGUUCGGAAACCAGACUUCCUAAGAAGCAAAAAACUGCAAAUACGACCUUACUUCCACAUACCUUACUCGAUAGCUCUCACAAUCAAGAUCCAGGUAGAUUCUCUCUCAUUUUGCUUAAAAAGGGUGAUAAUCUGCAGGUUAUCAGCGCCUAUUUCUUGUCGACCAUUGGCAAUGACAAAUAUCGAGGGAAGAGCUUCAUAAAUGUGCAGUUGAUCGAUGUUCCUGAUGAAGUGCAAAAGGCCACUCGAAUAGAUCGACGGCCACGGCGAAAGUCCAGAGAAGCCCAUUUUGUGACCAACUACGAGAAAGAGGAGUACAUCUUCGAGAAGGUAACCGCAGAAUCGGCUUCUUGAAGUCAGGAGAAAAUCAGGUGAUGCUGAACGAGAUGUCGUUCCUGCACUUCACGGUGUUCGCCGACUCGAAUAGCCCGAUGGCCCAUCGGAUUCUGCACGUCGACACGAUGAACAACGGUUUAUUGGAGAAAAUCCUGGAGAUGAUCCGAAGUUAUGGCAGGCUUCCGCCAUGUGAUCCUCCGCUCGGCAGCCAACCGAAACCUCGGCCCCGCCUCUCUUUUCGUCCGUUUCGACGUCCAUCUCUACACCGACGGCAAAGCUCUGAGUAAGUCGAUUAAAAUGAAGUCAGAAAAUGGAGAAUGGUGUUUGAUUGAACUUCUUCAAGUAUUAUCUAUUUGAUCGACACGGAAUUUUUUUCUGUUCAAUAGUAACCUAACAGGCGGGUGAUUUCACUAACACUUUUGAGAAAUUCCAAAAGCAUUUUUAAAAGAAAAGGUAUUCAGAAAACCUAAUUUCUACGGCGCUCAAGAUCUUCAAUUAUCAAAAAGUUUGAAAGUUCCAUGCAAAAUUACGUAUUUUGUAACGGUUUUUUUUAUCUUGCCCUAGCUUCAUUCGUUGGUAAAUAGUGGAUUAAGUUUGGAAAAGUUCUACAUUAUAGAGUAGCUUCAUCAUCAAAUUGAUCAAACUAAAAAAAAAUCAAUAAACUUUCUUCAGGUCAGCACAAAGCCUUGCUAGAUCCUUUCAAGUUCGAAGAACAAAACGAAAACUUUGUUCAAAAGUUCGCUUCUCCGUUCAGCACCACAGUCUCGACUGAAGUCAGUAAAACCUCUCGGAAUCGACUAUUCGACAUCUUCAGAUGCCUGGAUUCGAGUUGGUCGAAGGCUCACGGCGACGUUCCUCGCACUCCGAACCGACGACGCCAAACUCGCCAACGAAGCCGGCCAGCUUCGCUUCUCGCUUCUCCGCCCUGUUCCGCGGCGGCCGCAAGAAAUAG